AUGGCGACGGCCUCGAUGGCGACAGUUUUCGCCUCGCCUUUCGCCUCUUUCGCCACUUUCGCCCGAAACCCCGCGUCCGCAUCCCUUCGCCAUUCCACGCAGCAGCGAUUCCGUUCCAGUUCUAGCUCGUCUCGCCUCGCACCUAUCCUGCAACGACACGUGGACCUGCGCCACGUAGACCACGUCAGCGUGGCCCACGUCAGCAGACCGUCCGGCGGCGGCGCUCUCGUGUGCACGGCCACGUCGAAGCGCCACCACCACCACAAGACGCAGCGGGAGCGAGCGGAAGCGGAGGGGGAGGAAGAGAGGAAACGGUCAGACGAAGCGGGAGCGCCUGGUGGGGUGGUGGAGACGACGAGAGGGGGGACAGCUGUGGCGCACAAGACGAGACUCGUCAAUCUGACCGUGCAUGGAGUGACGGAUGAAUCAGACCUUCCAUGGUUGGAAGAUCAGCUGCUACAGCUGUCAGGGGUCACGUCCGUCCAAACCCUGCCGCCCACCCUGCGCACGGGCGGGCUGAGGGGCGGGAAGGUGGGGGUGGUGGUGGAGGCGGAGAGGGGGGUGGCUGUGAGGGAUUUGGUUGCGGCAGUGCAUGGGGUGGAAGAGAGGCUGCUGGCACUCCCGUUUAGAUCACACUCGUGGAUGUGGAGGGGUCAUCGCAUCCACUACGCUGUUGCAGGGUGUGGCAAGCCCGUCAUUCUCGUGCAUGGCUUCGGAGGCAGUGCAGGCCACUUCCGCAACCUUAUAGCGCAUCUCGCAGACCACCAUAAGGUGCACGCUGUUGACCUGCUAGGCUUUGGCGACUCUGACAAGCCGGGCGGCAUCGAGUACGGGCCUGAGCUCUGGGCUGACAUCAUCAACGAUUUCAUGCUCGAGUUCACAGAUGAGCCUGCAGUGCUAAUCGGCAAUUCCAUUGGUUCCCUCACCUCGCUCACUGCUGCCGCCUCCUCUGCUGCACCUCUCUCCCUCUCGGAUGGGGAGGGGCACAGCGAAGGCGAGGGGGAGGGGAGCAUUGUGCGGAGGGCAGAGAAGGGGAAGAUUAGGGGUCUGGUGCUGCUGAACGUGGCAGGAGCCAUGAACAGGAAGGGGCUGAUGUGGGAUGAUGCGCUACCGGUUAGCUGGUCAUGGCCAAUCAGCAUCACGCCUCUCAUCAUCCUCCCCCUGUAA